CUGGCCCCGAAAAUGUCCUUGACACCGUGAGACCCGUCUCCCUUUAGGUAGAACAACUGGCCUAGAAAAGAAAAGCCGUCGUUCCCUGGAGACUUGCCCUGGCAUCGCAGCGGGAUACAAUCAUCUCCCAGACGCGAGCCUGCGUAACCCUGCAACCAUGUCUCCAUCAGCCAACAAACAAUUCCAUGUUGCGAUUGCCGGCGCUGGGGUCGCCGGCCUUGCGUUGGCCAUGGCCUUGUACAAGAAGGGCGUUUCCUUCACCUUGUACGAAGAAGCUCCUGAGUAUUCAGCCGUCGGCGCCGGCAUCGGAUUCGCUCCCAAUGGCACGCGGACCAUGGAUCUGAUCGACCCUGCCUUCCGGCCACUCUAUGAAGAUAUUUGCGUUGGCAACAAGCCUGCGGAUGCGCAAAACGUGUUUUUCGAAGGACACCUGGUCCAAGAAGGGAUGGGCCGCGAACAGCCUUGGGCUAGCAACUGCGGCUGGGGCCACCCCAACUAUGUCCGCAAAUCGGCACACCGCAAGGCGCUCCUCGACGUCAUGACCAGCUUCUUCCCGAUCGAGAAUGUGAAGUUCUCCAAGCGGCUGGACAAGAUUGAACAGGCGGCCGAGGGCGUCGUGCUGACGUUCUCGGACGGCACGACAGCCGAGGCCGACAUCCUUGCCGGCGCCGACGGCAUCCAGAGCACCGUCCGCGCGCACCUCCUCGGAGAGACCCACCCGGAGCAGGUCAGGCCCGUCUAUGCAGGCUCCUACGUCUACCGUGCGGUGAUCCCGAUCGAGGAGGCUGAGGCGAUCCUCGGAGACCGGACGGAAGUGGCCAAGAUCUACUUUGGAGACCGGCGCGCCUGCGUGACGUACCGCAUCAGCAAGGGCGACGAGUUCAACUACCUGCUGGUCGUGGCCGACGACAAGGACGGGUGGAAGCUGCCCGACGCGGUGACGGAGCGCGUCACUCACGAGUCCAUGAUGGCCGACUUUGCAGACCCAAAGCUCGACGACCGGUUCCGCCAGCUCCUGCGCAAGGCCAAGCCCAUCAAGUGGGGGUUGUUCCACCACUGGCAGACGGCGACGUAUGCGCGUGACCGCGUCUGCAUCCUCGGCGACAGCGCCCACGCCUCGCUGCCCUUCCAGGCCGCGGGCGCCGCGCAGGGGCUCGAGGACGCGCUCGUGCUGGCCAACGUGCUCGCGCGCAUGGCCGAGCUGCAGCCCAACGGGCCCGAGGGGGAGGCCGACAUGCCCGUCAUCCGUGCCGGGAUGGAGGCGUACGAUGCGGUGCGCCGGCCGCGCGCACAGAGGCAGCUCGAACAGGCGUAUGACAUGCAGAAGCUGAUCUUUUUCCAGCACGAAGACGCCGGCAGCGACAUGGCCAAGAUCCUGCCUCAUGUCCAGAAUGGCCGGUACGACUGGCUGUGGUUCCACGACAUCAAGGACAGUGCGGACGCGGCGCUCGCCAGGAUGAACCAGACUCUGGGGGCGUCCAAAUCAAAGCAGGAGGUUAAUGUCUAGGGCGUGCAGAGGAGGAUUGAGACAUGUUGCACCAAAGGGCCUGGUGCUGGAGAAAUGGUUACAUUAGAUCAUACUUUAUGCAUGUGUGCUGCUUUUUCCACUUAAUGAAAUAUAUGACCUGG